GAGGAUGAACUGUCAUCUGAUAAAAGACGUAUGAGCUUGUUUUAAUAAUCACUAGGUCUUACUGAACGCGAUGAUUCCAGGGACUACAUUUGGCGCUUGAGGCUCAACAUGCUCGAGCGCAAGAGAUUACAAGGCAAGAGAUGCCAAAACCCGAGACUCCUUCCCUUCCCCUUCCAACAAUACCCCCACCUCGUUCUCCAUCCUCUUCCUCUUCCUCCUUAUCUCUCUCUACUACAUCCACCCGCACCGCAGUCUCAGCAUCCCCCAGUCCAAAAAUCACCCGCCAACAAUCCGGAUCUUCCACAUCUGCAGUUUCAGACGUCACCGUAACCAAAUACCCGCGCCACCGCCACGACCAAAGCACACUUAGGGGAAGCACAAGCACAAGCCGUGUUCGCAACUCUCGCAUCUCCCGCGUUCUAUCAGUCGACGAUAGUUUCGCCACUGCGCAGCCCUCAACGUACUUUGCACUCAUUCGAUCUUAUUUCAGAAGAUAUUUCACAGCUAACAGGAUAGUUACCUUAAUCAUUUUUUUCUUCAUAAUUCCUCUUCUGUCUUUGAUCAUCCAGAGGCAGCGGCAACGGCGCAUUGAAACGCCUGCAGACCAGGUACGGAGGAGAUUGUUGCAAGCGCGUGGUGAUUCUAUCGCGAGACGGGUAUGGAACGAGUUGGUGAGGGCGGUUUUGGAUACCGUUAGGAUCUUGCGAUAUGUGGUGGGGGAUUCAGAUAUGUACAGGUAUAGUCUCUUCUGAUAUCUCCCGGUAGCGCUAGACCAUUUAUUUCGUGUUACCGAGCAAGUGUAACUUAACUUAACCGUGGUCAAGCAUACGAAUCUGAUCUGUGUCCUAUGUAACAAUACCUAGCAGGCUAAUAAAUCUGCGUGUUGGGGAUACAUAUCCCGUCGCAGGGAAAACAAAGAAUAACUGUAUUCCAGCGAAGUUGCAAGGCGUGCCGCAUGGUUUCAACUUGCCACUUUG